UAAAUCACUGCAGUCAGAUCACUUGAUUUUUUCUUCUAUUUUAUGGGAUUUCUCUGUUUUAAUAUAUAUUGAGUUUCAUAUACGGUGCGUAUACUGUUUGUAUUCUUCUUUAUCUUCAUUUCAUCUGUCAUUAUCAAGUGAGUAUUCAUGGGUUGUUGAGAGGGGGGUGCAGUUCUACGGUCUACCUGUCAUAUCUAACUAACUUCAAAUCUAACAUUUCGCACCGGCAUCUUCUGUUAGGUAGCCGGCUGCUUAAGGGGCCUCUGGUCAUUCUAUCUCUCAGGAAGUCUUCUCAAUAAUAAUCACAAUCGGUACCGCGGCUGCUGCCAAGGAGUGAAAUGACCUUUCUCGUCCGGCUAGAUCUUUCUAGCCCAUAUCAAGUGCCGAAGUUGUUCAUCGGGCUCGAUGGCGACGAUGACUUAGCGCGAUACCAUCAAAAAUAUCGGGGCUGAACAAGCCAUGGCCUCAAACCGAUCUCAUUUGCAUAACCAACCGUCCCCACAUAAUCACCUCCUCCACACUAAUUAACUCUAAAGGACGAGUCACGACUCACGAGCAGUGAGACAGCCUAGACUAUAGGACGUCUCGGCGUUUGUUGCUCUUUCUAGGCUACGGAGACGAUUCUAUUUCGGACGUCGUCGGACUAACAUGGUCUGGCUGCCUGCUGCCACCACAUACGCUAAAGCUUUAGGCGCUUGGCUUCUGUUGGGGACCCAGGUUCCGAUCUGCACAACCUGGAGUAAGAUACGCUAGUAGGCGUAGGCGAAAGAGAGGCGUAGUCUCCAUCAGCUUGCGGGCUAAGCAGGGAUACAAACGAACCCAUCCCAUCCUUGAACCCAUCCUGGAGGGUUAUCCCAACCCAAGUGAAUACCGCUGGAUGCUAGAUCACCAACGCAUCCAACUCCCGCGCGAUGUAGUUGAUCUUAUCCUCCUUCUUGAAUAGGCAUACAUCAGAACAGAGCUGGGGACAUUUAAUGCUACGGGAAUGGGGGUUUGGAAUAUCCAUUUCGCUUCCUUAGACAAUUGUCUGCGGCGAGUAACCACUUUGUACAGGGUUCAAAGAGAGUACGCUGUAAGUAGCAGCUCCAGGUCGUCCUGCAAGAGCGGGCCGCCACUGGGGCACGCUGGGAGUCUUGUAAUUUCGACCGUUUUUUCUUUUCCGUUUCUUUUCACCUUCCUUUCUUCUUCUCCAUCGUUUCCGUCUUUGUGAUAUUUAUUCUCCUAUUCUCCUUCGAGAGUCGCGUUGAACAAUGCGCAUUUCCUGAUCCAAUUCCGACCAAGGCUUUCACUUAUCCUAAUUCACUUCCACCCAUUUCCCCAGGAGGGCCACCGCCAGCUCUCGCCUGCCCUUGGUUUGGAACGUUGUUUUUGGGCAUACCAUAGACGCGGUCGCUGUUAAGUUGUUCCGCCGGCGCUUAGCGUUUCCCUCGCCACCUAUAUGCAGAAGUAAAAGAAAAAGAAAAUAACAUAACAAUACGAAGUUCAAUGAGAGACGUGAGCGCAACCAUGGGAAGCCAGAGAUUCGAAAGUAAUAAAGGUCGGAUGGGAGUCAGCGUGAGCUCCUCAGACGAUGCAACUAAUCAGGACAAGGCGGACAUGGCUCGUCUUGGGAAAGACCAACAGUUCAAUAGGAACUUCCGGUUUUUGUCAACACUCGGGUUUACCUGCACUCUCAUGGCGACAUGGGAAUCCAUUCUCUUGACGUCAACUCUCGGGCUGAGUAAUGGAGGCCUGGCGGGAUCUGUAUACAUUUAUAUUGGGUCUUUCGUCGGAUUUUUCUCAACUGUAGCUUCUAUGGCUGAGAUGGCCUCAAUUUCUCCUACAUCUGGCGGCCAAUAUCACUGGACGAGUGAAUUUGGUGGAAGGAAAUAUCAAAAGUUUCUUAGUUAUGCGACCGGUUGGCUCUCGGUCUUGGGAUGGCAGGCCGCCUUCGCCAGCGUAUGUUUUCUCUGCGGUACACUCAUGCAGAGCCUUAUACAGCUGAACGAACCUGGAUAUGUACCAGAGAGAUGGCACGGCACUCUCUUCACCGCUACCGUUGCUCUUGCAACCACGUUCAUCAACACGUACAUGGCGAGCCAUCUACCUAUGCUGGAGGGCCUGAUUCUUAUUCUCCAUAUUUUUGGGUUCUUUGCGACAAUUAUCCCACUAUGGGUUAUGGCGGAACGGACACCGACUAAAGCUGUUUUUACCGAGUUCACAAAUGCGGCUGGGUGGCCUACUCUAGGGCUGGCCUGUCUUGUUGGUCAAAUAAGUCCCAUUUUCUCAUUCCUUGGCCCCGACGCUGCUACCCAUAUUGCUGAGGAGAUCAAAGAUGCUUCCAAGGUUGUGCCCUGGUGCAUGAUUUCUACCGCUCUUAUAAACGGCUCCCUUGGCUUCAUCAUGCUUAUCACCUAUCUCUUCACCAUGGGCGAUUUGCACGAGGUCAUUAAGGCUGAAGCCGGAUUUUCGUUCAUUACCGCCUUCUUGAACGCAACCGGCUCCAAGGCCGCAACCACCACUUUCGGUGGCCUCCUCCUUGUGAUGGAGGCUUGCGCCGCUAUUAGUGUUUUAGCUACUGUGGCACGACAAACCUUUGCCUUUGCCCGUGAUAAUGCACUUCCGUUCUCCCCUUUUUUCGCCCGUGUGCACCCAACAUCCAAGGUCCCUGUCAACGCCGUCCUAGCCUCGACUGUCAUUACGAUUCUACUCUCGCUCAUUAACAUCGGCUCAACGGAGGCAUUCAACGCGGUUGCAUCCCUCACAAUCGCAUCGCUUUUUACGUCGUACCUUAUCUCUAUCGGCUGCUUUAUCUACCGCAGGAUGCAGUGGAAGAAAAUGCCGCGAGCGCGAUUCAGCUUGGGGACCUGGGGCCUUCCAGUUAAUAUUUUCUCGUUUGGCUACCUCUGCUUCGCAAUUGUGUUCACUUUCUUCCCGAAUAGUAACAACCCCACGCUCGUCAACAUGAAUUGGUCCAUUCUUGUUUUUGGGGUUGUGACGAUGUUCGCUGGCCUUCAAUAUCUGAUCCACGGAAGGAAGACUUAUGAAGGCCCGGUGGCGUAUGUAGAAAAGAUAGAAUAAAUGGGGUUGCUUUUUUCUCCAUGCCCCUUUUUACUAUUUUAAUCGACUACGGAAGGCCUUGUGUGAAUUUUGAGAAAUGGACAGAACUGGUUCCGCUUUUUCCCCACUUUUUCGCGCUCUAUGUUCUUUUUUUCCCUUCAUCAUCCCUCUUUGGGAAUUUCUACACGGGAAAUUCUCCUUUAUAUAUAUACCAAGGGCCUUACAUAUAUAUGCACCCGUUCACAUAUAAAUGACGAAUUAGAUGGUGACUUGUUAUAUGUUAAUCGUUUCUCUGUUAAAUAUUUCUAAUUUCGAUGUCUUGCUUCUGCACUUGACUUCAGAGAGGGUAGAUGAGAUGACCUCAUCUGCUCUCUUCCGCAAAAACAACGGCGAGUUUUCCCGGGCUUUCCUUGCGCAAAUCCCGCCUCGGUUCGAGAUCCAUUAGAAUGUAUCACUCACCAUCGAUAUAUGGGCCGGACGAUAAGAUGAGCGACGGGAACUGGGUGGGAAGGAGGAUUUGGUGGGGAAGAGAGGGGGCAAUUGAAGAUGUCUGAAAAAAACUGUUCGCUUCCUCGCGAUGGAUAGAUAUUCCCAGGUAGUGCUGAGAUAGGCAGCAGGUGAGAAAGGAUGCUUAGGUGAGUUGUUUCGUUUUCGUUGGUGGUUGGUUUUCGGGCUACUGGGGCCGUAAUAAUGCGAAUUCCGAGCUGUUGAAGGAUUGCCUGGGCUGUACGAUCAAUUCGUUUUGAUUGAUAGUUACAGGGGAAAUUAAUUAUCUGCAAAGCGUUAACUAAGCGCGAGGAGGCGUACGAAAACAACCUAACGUGGAAACCUAACGUUAAAAAUUGAACCUGCGUUUUUUAUGCAUGGCGGUCCAGACCAUUAGUUAUGGUUUGUUCCAUCAUUAAUCAAUGUGAAAAAAAAAAAAAAAAAAAAAAAAAAAAAAAAAAAAAAAAAAAAAAAAAAUAAUAAUAAUAAUAAUAAUAAUAAUAAUAAAUAAAUAAAUAUAAAAUAAAAAUAAAAUAAAGAUAAAGAUAAAGCAUGAGUAGCCAAGGAUGCUCCUUGCCAGCGGCCAAACAGGCGCUCAGAAGCAUCUAAGUUAAUUGAAUAAUAUGUGCCAAAACGGAAUCAUACUCUCUAUACAAAUAUAUUUAAAGGCAAAGACAUCGCGACUGCGUAGUUCGGCAUGUCCACAAUCUCUACAAUUUUGAGAUUCCCCGCCACGCUCGCCAACAUAUACGCUUCUUCCCGAGUUAACUCCUUGUUCCUGACUAGCCACUCAAUGAGACUUCGAGUCGCCUUCUUUGCUGCCUCGAGCAGGUCUGGGUCAAUCCCCAUAGUCGCAUAUUCCCCUUUAUCUGCCGGCAGCGCCUGGUCAGCGCCGUGUAUACCCGCCGCCGUUCGCGGGGUUGUCUGAAACUGCGGCGCUAUUAACCAUGGCUGGUUCUUGUGAAUUGAGAGUCGGAGGGUGGCUUUCAGAGGAGUUUCAAUAGCGGUGCCGCAAACUUCCCCAUCUCCCUGCGCUAUAUGUCCGUCGCCGCAGCUGAAUAGUGCGCCGGGCGUUUGGAUGGGGAGAAACAGCUUGGAUCCCACGGUGAGAUAGCGACAGUCGAUAUUCCCGCCCGCAUUCGUGGGCGGGAUCAUAGAAAAUUCCCCCUCCGCCCCCGGGGCGACGCCCAUAACGCCCAAAAAUGGCUGUUGUGGGAUCCGGAUGCCUUCUUUGAAGAGUGCAUAGGGCUUGUCGGGAUCCAGUUGCCAGAUCUUCAGCGCCCCGUCGGGAAACUCAUCCGAUAAGAGGCCAAAGCCAGGAAAUAUUCCCGUCCAACCCCAAUCCGUGGUUUCCAGGUCGAGGAUCUCGACUUCCAGAACAUCGCCUGGUUCCGCGCCUGUGACAAAAACAGGCCCCACAGCAGGGUCAGCGCGCGCGAUGUCGAAGGUGCUCAGUGCGCUCUCUGUGGAGGUCUUGGUUAUUUGGCCGUUGCUCCCGUCUAUGGCGUCGAAGUGGACUAUGUCGCCUGAGUUGAUGGUUUGGACUGGGGGAAUUUGUUUGGACCAUUUUAGAUGGUGCUGGUGCCGAUGGAUGUGAAUGGUCUUGGAGGGUAUUGCAUGGGUCAUGACGGGUGGUCAGAGAGAUUCUUUUAAGGCGUCCAGAUAUGAUGAUGAAAUGUAUUUCCAAGAAGAAGAUAACCCUUGGAAAAAACGGCGGUUAUUGCUCUCUCUUUCAGGCCAACCGAUAGGACCACAGCCUUGGUUCGCGCGUAAUUGUACAGAUUUUAGAAUGUGAAAAUAAGAAUUUCGAAAAUGUAACUUAACGGUGUGCAGUAGAAUAUAGUUAAUAUAUGUCAACCAAAUGAGAACAAAAUGAGAACGUAUCCAGGAGAUAUCAGAGAUGUCCAGAACAACGUCCGUUGAUAUAUCAUCCAACGUGUGAUGAUUUCCCCGCUAUGUUUUUCUAGUCCCCCGCCCUGGCCUCCUUUUUGGAUAUUUUCUCGGAAACUUAAUAGAAGCUUGAAAUACAUGGGCUCCUCGUCGUCUUUUGAGUUCAGAACUGCUCGCAAACUAAAUAUUUUACAAGCACAUCUGCCCCGCCACAUCACAAAAUGUCAAAAUUCCAGCUACUAAGCAGUCUAGUCUUCACCACGAGCGCGCUAUUACGCGAGGGAGGUGGACUCUUUAGUGACCUUCAUUUUUAAGUUAAACGCGGUCUUUCAGCAAGGGAGAGGAAGAAAAUGAAGAAAAUCUAUUGAAUCGUUUCAAGGGUGAGAGAGGGGUUAUGAGUGAUGAGAUUUAUCCUGACGAUGCAAUAACG